AUGAUAUCUGAUCGUCGGAUUUUGCAUGACUAUUCUUAUGGAGGAGCAACUACAGAUGAAAAUCUCGUGCAGGGUUAUACAAAAGCUGGUACUGUUGCUGUACCUGGAGUAAAACAACAAAUUCAAAUCUACUUAAAGACACUAACCAAAAUGCGUAACAAUGACUUUAACUCUAAUGAAACGAUAUAUAUAAUAUCAGCUGGUGGGAAUAAUUACUUUUUUAAUCGAACUCUUAGUCCAUUAAUUGUUGGUUUGAGUAUAAUCAGCUGUAUAAAAGCUUUAGUUUCUCAUGGUGGUAAAUAUAUUAUUAUUGCUAAUCAACCACCAUCUCAGUAUUAUCCAUAUUAUGCAGUAUCCUCAAUCCGUAGUCAAAAUCUUAGUCUUGUAUCGACAGAACAUAAUCGAGUUUUAAAACUAUUAAUUGAACAAUAUCAAAAGAAUAAUAGACAAAUAUCAAUUAUUUUAUUUGAUGUACAUGAAAUCGUAUCAAAAAUUAUUGUAAAUAAAGAAAAGUAUACAUUUACUAGUUUAGAUAAAUGUUGGGAUUCGAUAACAAAUAGUACAACUACAUUAAUAUUGUGUAAUGAUACAAGCAAACACAUUUUUAUUGAUGAAUACCAUUUCACAACAAAAAUGCAUAGUUUAAUUGCUCAAGGAAUAUUUGAUCAAGUACACAUGUUAUUUAAUUCAUCUCCAACAAAAUAUUGUUUAAAUUCACUUACGCAUAUUGAAAUCGUCUUACUUGUACUUUGUUUAAUAAAAUAUUAUCAUUAA